AGGCAGGAGAAAUAUCAACCUUGAACCUCUGCUCUGUUCAUUCUAUGACUUCGCUUGAGAGAAAGACGAUAAAAACACACGCUCUGAAUCACAGAGAAGAAAUAAAAUCGCACUGUUCAUAAUGUCUGCGGCAUCCUCGGAGAGGUUCGAACUCAUCCAGGAUGACUUGGAGACGAUCUUGGAGGGAAUUCUCUCGUCCCUGACAAUACUUUCAAAAAAAUCUCAAAGUUCCAAGGCUGGCUCCAAAGAGGAGGUUCGCCAUUGGAUCAUGCGUACCCGGAGCUCGUUGGUGGAAGCUCGGAAACUCAUUGAAGACAUGGAACAAGAAGCCAGACUGGCUCCAAUUCAAUUCAGAGGAGAUAUGUUAACCAAAGUUCGACAAUAUCGCGAAGAUACAGCCAAACUACAAGCACAAUUGAGAGGCUUUACCGAGAUCAACACCUCAGGUUUUGGAGAUUCUUUAAAUAUUCGAAACCCCAGGGAUGGACCAGACUGGCCAGAGGUCACAGUGGAGGACCGAUAUCGCAGACAAGUCCUGGAAGGAUCUAAUAUUCUUGAGAGAACCAGUCAAAGCAUACAAAGGUCUGAACAAGUAGCUGUCGAAACCGAGGCUGUUGGAGGAGAGAUCAUCUCGGAUCUGAGUGUGCAAAGGGAGCAAUUGGAACGAACGAGAGGACGGAUCUAUGACACUUACGACGAACUUUCGAGGAGCCAGCGAAUUCUCCGAAGAAUCUAUUUUGGGGUGAUCCAAAACAAAGUGGUGCUCAUUGUGAUAAUCGUGAUUGAAAUCUUGAUCAUUGCCGGACUUGUCUACUUGCGAUUCUUUUCCUGACGUCUCCCUAUGUUUUAAACCACAUAUUUUCCUAUUUUGUCAUGUUUAUACCCAUCGCAAAUAUAUCUGAUGCAUAUUUAA